AUGGACAAGACAUCUACACUGGAAGACGCAGAACUCCAAACCUCCCGCACGCCAAGCAGACGGCCUUGGCUCGCAUCAGCCUUUGGAGGGCCCAACGUCACAAUUGGCCCACGAAUCGAACCCCUCGCCGAGCACUUGGCGCAUAUAUCAGAAAGCGAUAGCACCGCAGCUGAAGAUCUCGUCGACAAACAAGUCGCUUCCGAAGCGGGAAAUGCUAUUCAGUACAGGACAUGUUCUUGGCAAAAAACUGCAGGGCUGCUCUUUAGCGAGUACAUCGUGCUCUCUAUCAUGAGCUUCCCUUGGUCGUAUAGUCUUCUGGGUCUAGUGCCUGGAUUGAUCUUGACAGCUGUCAUUGCUGGGCUUGUGCUGUACACGAGUCUUGUGCUCUGGGAGUUUUGUCUGCGACAUCCCGAGGUUAGAGAUGUGUGCGACAUUGGGCAGAUGAUUUGGUGGAAUAAGAGAUGGGCGUGGUGGUGGACAGCUAUUAUGUUUGUCCUGAACAAUACCUUUAUUCAAGCUCUACAUGUCUUGGUCGGUGCAAUCUACCUCAACACAAUGACCGAGGCCGAUUCCAUAUCAGGUUGCAGAACCGUUGCAUUCGCUGCAGUAGUCACGGUGAUCAGUUGGAUCGGGUCGCUUCCUCGCACCUUUAGCAUGUUGUCAAAGCUUGGCUUUGCCUCGACGUUUUUUACAUUUAUUUCCGUCAUCUUGGCGACGGCAUUUGCAGGCUCUCAGGGUAAUCCUGCUGGUUAUCCUGAGAUGGGUGAACCGAUAAUCUCAAUCUGGACACCAAAGACCACGACACUUGUUACUGGCAUGUCGGCCUUCAUGAAUAUGAGCUACACAUUUAUUGGUCAGACCACAAUUCCCAGCUUUAUCGCUGAGAUGCGUGAUCCGAGAGAUUUCCCCAAGGCAUUAUGGGCUUGCACCAUGGCUGAGAUUGUCACAUUCAGCGUUGUCGGGUCUGUCAUCUACGUUUACACGGGCAACCAGUACAUGGUCACACCAGCAUUCGGCGUCCUCACUGAUACCUACAAGAAGGUCUCAUAUUCUUUCAUGGUUCCGACCAUUAUCUUUGUCGGUUGCCUGUAUGCAAGUGUCACAGGCCGAUUUGUCUUCUUCAGAAUGUUUAAGGACUCAGAGCAUCUCACAUCACACACAUUCAAGGGCUGGUUCUGGUGGGGACUGGUGUUGCUGAUCAGCUGGGCCGCCUCUUUCUUUAUCGCUGAGAUCAUUCCAUUCUUCUCUUCGUUGUUGUCAGUCAUGUCGUCGCUGUUCAACUGCUGGUUCGGCUUCAUCUUCUGGGCUCUGGCCUACUUCCGUAUGCGCAAUGCAGAUCGCAAGGCCGGAAGGAAGCGAAAUACCGUCCUUGACGCUCUUUCAGUAGCGCUAAACGUGGUGAUCAUGUUGACUGGUGCUUUGUACCUCACACUGGGAACAUACGUCAGUGUGCAGGGUAUCAUAGAUCAGUUCCGUGCAGGGCAAGUGAGCAGUGUCUUUUCAUGCAAGAGUAAUGGGCUUUGA